CACAAACCGGUGCGGUCCUAAAAAGAUCCCAACUUUGCGAAAAUCCCAGUCUCAAUUCACGGGAAAGGAGAGAGAGAAAUCCAAAUUGCGACAUAAAUUGCAGAAAUUCCCGGUAUCGGGAAUCGAUUUGCCUGCCCAAUUCUUGAUUUUUGUCAUUACUAGGGUUUUGGGUUUCGCUGUGGACGUUCCGGGUUCUUGCUGGUUCUUGAAAUUGCACGUUGCGCACGAAAGGGAAGGGUGGGGGAAAAGGGCGAGUUUCUUCGUUGAGCAGGUGGUCGGGAGCUCAUUCGGCUUCGGAUUGACAUGGGUCGUUCUCGUGGCAACUUUCACUCGAACGACGAGGACCCAACUCAGAGAUCGAGGAGAAAGAAGAAUGCUACAAGUGGAGAGAACCUGGAUUCUUCUUCUGCUGGCCAAGGAUCAAGUGAUGGGAAAAAGGCUUUAUAUCACUGUAAUUAUUGCAACAAAGACAUUACAGGUAGAAUCCGUAUCAAGUGUGCUAUGUGCCCUGAUUUCGACCUGUGUAUCGAAUGCUUCUCAGUUGGGGCCGAGGUGGUGCCUCAUAAAAGCAGCCACCAAUACAGAGUCAUGGACAACUUGUCAUUUCCUCUGAUCUGCCCUGACUGGAAUGCAGAUGAUGAGAUAUUGCUUCUUGAGGGAAUUGAAAUGUAUGGGUUAGGGAACUGGACUGAAGUUGCUGAGCACGUUGGGACAAAGAGCAAAGAACAGUGCAUUGAUCACUACCGUGAAGUGUAUAUGAACUCUCCAGUCUUUCCUCUUCCUGAUAUGUCUCAUGUCGUUGGGAAAAAUCGCAAGGAACUUCUUGCAAUGGCUAAAGGACACGGCGAGGACAAGAAAGGACCUUCUGUUGGUGAUCUAUCAUUAAAGGAAGAAUCCCCUUUUUCUCCUCCAAGAGCCAAAGUCGAAGAUCCACACAAAGGUGGUUCUUCUGGCCGUUUGCUCUCUGGUGCAAAUGCUGAUAUGGAUACUGGGUCUUGCUCUAGUAGCAACAAUGCAGCAUCAGGAGCUGGUAUCAAGGCAUACAACAUGGCCCAAGCUAAGAACGGAGUUAGCAACAUCAAAGUUGAAGAUGCCCAGUUUAAUAGCAAUUUUAAUGGGAUGACUCCAAGUACUUUGGGGGAUGAUGGCCCGUCUCUAAUUGAGUCGAGUGGUUAUAACCCCAAAAGACAGGAGUUUGAUACAGAAUAUGAUAACGAUGCUGAGCAGCUACUGGCUGAGAUGGAAUUCAAGGAAACAGACACAGAAGAAGAGAAUGAGCUGAAGUUGCGGGUGCUUCGUAUCUAUUCAAAGAGGCUGGACGAGAGGAAACGGCGAAAGGAUUUCAUACUAGAGAGGAAUUUACUAUUCCAAAGUACUUUUGAGAAGAGCUUGACACCCGAAGAGAGGGCGCUAUGUCGGCGUUAUGAUGUCUUCAUGCGGUUUCAUUCGAAGGAGGAGCAUGAAGAUUUGCUCCAGACCAUUGUUGCAGAGCAUAGAACUUUGAAAAGGAUAAAAGAAUUGCAGGAAGCCCGUGCGGCUGGUUGCCGUACAUCAGCUGAGGCAGAUAGAUACUUUGAAAACAAGAGGAGAAGAGAAGCUGAAGAAAGUUCUCGCCGAGGUAAAGAUAGUUCUCAGCUCGGUGCUAGCGGCCAGGGACCCUCCAUUCAUGCUUCCUCAGGCUUGGCCAACGAUCUGGACGUGAUGGGAUUUAACGGCUCGGAUUUACUUUCCGAUCAUGAGAAACUGCUUUGCUCAGAGCUGAGGUUACCUCCACCAGUUUAUCUCAAAAUGCAGCAGGUCAUGUCAAUGGAAAUCUUCAGUGGCAAUGUUACCAAGAAGUCCGAUGCCCAUCACUUGUUCCAGAUGGAACCAGGCAAGGUCGAUAGAGUUUAUGACAUGCUCGUGAGGAAGGGACUCGCCCCGCCUUGAUUCCAUCCCUCUUCUCGAAUUUGCAGUUUUGAUAUUAUGCAUUGCUAACCCGGUUGUACACAAUUCGAUCUAGAGAAAUAGAUCAGUGUUGUAUAGUCCUAUUUAUCUCUGGAAUGAAAUGUCCUUUUGCUUAUGA